UUUCUGAGCCUUUGAGCUUGCCGUCGCCGCCACAGGAAGUCCUUCAUGCAACAACAAAAAAACGCUACACUAGUACACCGUUUUCUACAUUUCGCACACUGGAUUAGAUUUUAUUUAUUACUGACUUAAAAGAGCAACACUUGUUCAGCUAUAUUUUUGUUAGUAAGGAGGCGUUUGAAGCCAGUCGGCGGACCGUUUGUAAUGUUGUGAGAGCAGUAUUUAAGCUAACGUUGGGAAGAAACACACAGGCGGCGGCGCCUUGUAGCGUUAGCCCAGUUCCUUUUCCUCUCUGAUGGUCUGAAGGCUCUCCCCCAAAACGAUGAACUACUCCGACUACGACUCUGACGGAUAUUCGUCUAAUGAAGACGCCGACUACGUCCCGUCAGAUGAUAACCUCAGCGAGGAUGACAUCAACGAGUGUGAAAAGGAGGAGCCCCUCCACGAGGGCGACGAUGUGCCGCACCCUGACAACGGCAGCAAGAAGAAGAGGAAGAAAAAGGACAUCAGCGUGAGAAAGAGGAAGAAAGGAGUUCUGAAAGUAGACGGGGAAGAGAAGGACGGCGGUGGAGCGGACGAAGCGCAGGCGGCGCAGGACGAGGUGCAACAACAAGUCCCCGGGGGACGGCAGGAGGACGAUGACAGCCAGAAGAAGAAAUCCGAUGACCUGUGGGCGAGUUUCCUGUCCGACGUUGGAUCCAGACCCAAAGACCCCCCACCUGCCUCGCAGUCCACCACCGCACCAAAGGAUGAAUCCUCAGUAUUGAAGGUUGCUCCUUUGAGUUCAGAAACAAAAGCAUCAGAGCCUUCUAAAGUCACCAUCACACAAGUGUUUGACUUCGCUGGAGAAGAAGUUAGGGUGGAAAAAGUGGUGUCAGCAGACUCCAGGGAAGCUAAGAGUUAUCUGAAGAGCCAGAGCACCAAACGGGAGGGAUGUGGAGACGAGACGGAGAAGGCCUCAUCACCCCAACAACCACCUCCUCCUGGCCCCAGUGCCAAGCGGCCGGCUGGCAUGUCGGGCAUCCUGGGUCGCAUCGGGGCGAAGAAACAGAAGAUGAGCACGCUGGAGAAGUCUAAGAUGGACUGGGAUGCCUUUAAAUCAGAGGAGGGCAUCACCGAGGAGCUGGCCAUCCACAACAGAGGCAGAGAGGGGUAUGUGGAGCGGAAGAACUUCUUGGAGCGUGUCGACCACCGCCAGUUUGAGAUAGAAAAAGCAGUGCGACAGAGCAACAUCAAACAAUGACACAGACUGUCGACACACACACACACCACACACACACACACACACACACACACACACACACACACACACACACACUGGAACAGAUGUUUAGACUCCUGUAUCUCUCUCCCUCUCUAAUGACUGCUGAGGCUCCAGUCUAUUCCAGGACGGGGUAUUAAUAGGCUGAGUUUGUGAUGCGAUGGGGUGUUGAGUGUUCCUGUACUUCCAUCCUUUGGAGAACCAAUUAGACUUUCAAACCUUCACACUAAGGGCAUUUUGGGGGAAGUGAGGUCACUCUUGCCUGUCCUACUUCCUGACAGACUGGCUGGUCUAGGAGCAGGACUUAGUUUCAGGUUUAAAGAAUAAUUCCGGUUUGUACCCACUAACUUUUUUUACUUUGAGAAAUCAUGUUUGUCCUCUCUCGGUUUCGUUCGCUUUAACAACUGUUGCUAUGCAGAAGAAUGCAGUCAGCGCUGUUCAACCAGCCUUCUGGAAAAUUCUGAACUCAAGAACCGAGCCUCACACCACACGCUGGAUUGAUCCCAAACAGAACCAAAAAUUAAAAGUGAAAAUAAAAUAGUUAUUGUUAAAUUAAUCCAGUGAGGUCUACAAAGCUGCUUGGCUAAAGAAUUUGAGGUACUCUAGGUAUCUAAUGUUGAUGAAAACCCCUGUCGUUUUGGUCCCGGUCGACUGACAUUUCUUUAGUCCGUUAGUCUUUUUUUACGCUUAUUCAUGCUAAAUGCAAAGCAUUCAAGUGGUGCAUGACUCUUUGUAGAGAAACUCAACUAAUAUACUAAUGUGUUUUAAGAGAGUUGAUUGAUUUGAAAUGUCGUUAGUCGAGGACAGCCCUAGAAAGAAAACUGUUUCAGCAGCGUCACGUUAUUUGCAGCAUUGUUCGAGUCAGGAGCCUUUAAUGUGCAUCAACUUUUUGGAAAUACUCCGACUGAUAGUCCCCUAACAUGCCCCCCACACACAUCAUGAUGCUGAUGGGCUAGAAAGAGCCCAGGGGUGCCCUUUGAAAACAUCAUAAGAUAGUUUAAAACGGAUAGAGACAAGAUGCUGGGAGUGGGGGCUCCUCCUAAAGACAGCCAAGGUAAAAUAGGUCCUUGUGCCAUUGUUGGUGGGAUUUGUCAUUGUUUCAGUGUUUAAUAUUGUUUUCUAAGCUUUUUGUGGUGUUGGAAAAUAACAGUUGAUGCCAUUUACAUUGGAACAUUCUCAUAUGUUUGAAAGCACCACUGAAACCCCCUGCUGACCACUGGGGAUAGGCCAACAUGUGUGCAUGCGUUCAGGUGAAGGCUUCCUGGGGUCACGCCGGUCCGUAGAAGAUGAAUCAGUCAGACUGCGUCUUCUCUGUCAUGUCAAAGGGGGACCGCGCUGACCCCCGAUCGGUCCGGGCUGGGAACCAUCACAAGGACAAAGACAGGCGGAGUGGUGAGGAACGGGGAGAUUUGAUGUCUUGUUAGUUUGACUGUUUAUUCAUGUAAAUAUUAGAUAUUCAAUAAACAAACGGAUGGUUUUA